AUGGGUCUGCAGAAGACUGACUUAGAACGAUGGAUCGAGAUCGACAAAAGCUAUCUCCAGAAGUACCAGAUCAAAAAGUCAUUAAUCCACACUCACCGGGAUGAAGUGACAUGCGCUUCGCCGGAGUGCAAAGGUCCAGCACAUGAAGCACUGCUACUCCUUGUGGACGUCUUGACCCAGCGGUACCCAUCAAUGUUUGUCAAGCCCAAUGGUCACUCCAUCAAGAACCUCGUGACUGGCGACAUGUGGGAUUUGAAGCCUAGUUCUACAAAUUGGGAGAAAUACCAUCCUUUGGAGGUGAUGGGAUUACUGGCGACGGAUGAUUUCUUCAUCUUGGAGAAUGAUCCGACGACGGGGGUCACGGCGUUGAAAGGCGGCUGCGUCUGCUUUCCAGGUAAGAGAAUCUGCGAGCCACACCUGUAUUUGAGCGACUCUGCUGACAAUCAAUUGACAGCGGGCUGGAAGAUCGAGGAGCGUGUUGGCCUAUCGUUAUGGCAGAUCCAUGCAGGCAAAGUCCCACACUACGAGCAAGCCCUCUCCAAGUCAAUGGACCGCUUCUUUCUUCGCAUGAAGAGCGGCAACCUUACCUCAAGGUUCAACUACGCCAUCGACGAUUCCGACGAUUUGUUUCGCCGGCACUCGCACCACAACCUCUCCAACGAGCAUGAUGCUCCCCUCCUAAAGCUUGAGGACCUUCAUCUCCGGGUCGAACGACAAGUGCUGCAGCGCUUACCGGAGAGUGGCGCUCUUCUGUUUUCGAUCAGAACAUAUGUCACGCCCAUCACAGAAGUUACAAAGGACAGGGCGGUCGCCGAGGCGCUGAGGACGAGUACAAGGAGCUACGACGAGAAGCUUUCGGCUUACAAGAACCAGCCUUUGUGGAAUGAUGCUCUACAGAAACACUUGUCGGAGGUUCUUGGAGAUGAUGAUCUCAGACAGGACUCUGCUGUCGCAGAGGCUGCUGAGUGA